AUUCGUUUACGUUAUUGUGUUUAAAGAAAUAUGAGAAAAAUCCUGGUCUGACUUUCUGAUUAACAAUUAAAUUGUUUAAAAUUGUUUCGUCUCUAAUUUACAGGAGAAAUAAUUAUUUUAAUUUAUGAAUAUAUGUUAACAUUUUCAUGAUACACAAAACUGCUUUCUGUUGUAUUGUAAUAGUACUAGAUAGAAAAUGAUUUAUUUAUUAUUUUUGUCUAUCUUACAUAAUAUAAUGUGUUAAAUACUAAUAUAUAAAGGACAUAUGUUGACAUGCUCUUACAAGGACUUUUGACUUAAGAAAAGUAACUCAACAAUCAUGGAUGGUGCAAACGGUAUAGAUGUUGAGCGCGUGCUUGGUCACAUGAUGUGGACAGAUAUGGACGUGGAUGAUAAUGGUAAAGUGUCUGUUAAUGAAUUUGGAAGAUAUUUAAGACAGCAAGGCGUAGAUGUCUCGAAUUUUGCAAUAUUGAGGAUUGUCUCUGAUGGACAAACACCUCAAACCAGUAUGGACCACGAAAUGUUCGUCAAUACAAAAGAAAAACUCGCAUUAGAACUAGCUAAUCAGAAAGACCUUACACCAGAUGCCAAACUUAGGAAAUAUAAAGCUAGUUACCUUGAUCUAUGGAGAGAACAUGCUAGAUCUAGGAACGAGACUGGGGAGGUUCCACUAUCCAAACUUCCACACAUUGUAUUUUCGGAAUGUAAUCCGACGAGAGAACUCCUAGACGCUCUAAUUGCCGUCAAACAAGACGGAAGUGAAAGUAUUAACUUUGAGGAAUUUUGUGAAAUGUUAGAAAACCUUCCACAAUCGGGUAUGAUUGACGAGGAUGUCUUACUGAAGGCUUUCCAAACAGAAGAUAUAGACAACAGUGGUUCCAUCAGUAGAUCACAAUUAUACUCUCUACUUAUAGAAAAUGGAAAUGAUCCAUUAAAGAAAGAAGAAGUCGAUGAAAUGAUGGAAGAUUGUGGAUCUGGCGACAGAUUCAAAUAUACAGACUGGAUUCAGCGAGUUAUUACUAUAAAAAGCUUGUCGGAGAAAUAAAGGAUGCUUGAUUUACAUGUUUACCUGACAUAUACUCAUAUCAUUAUGAUAACAAAACUAUAAUAUAUUCGGUUUAUGUCUGAUACGUUUCAAAGAAUACAACAUUAUUUCAUA